GAUUUCUGCCGUAGUAACAUUGGAAGGGAAUGGCUUCUCACAUUUGCAUGAUUAAUUAGCAAGCCCGGAGUUUCCCUGGCUUCUGGUGGGGGAAAUGGAUCUCUGCAUCUUUAAGGCUCCGCAGGGCUGUCUGCUCCGGCGACGCAGGCAGGGCAGGCUCUGCCGCAGCGACUCAUCCCAUCGCUAAGGUCCAGUUAGCCAAGGUGGAGGAUGGGAAAAGAAUGGAGCUGUCCCAGCUCCUCAAUGAGAUCAGGGCAAACUAUGAGCAGCUCCUCACCAGAAAUCAGAUAGACACGGUGCUGUCAACACGGAUCCAGCUGGAGGAAGAUUUAACCAAAAAAAUGGACAAGGAUGGAGAGGCUCUGAAGGCCGCUCAGGCUGAACUCAAGGAGGCUCGCCGGCAGUGCCACCACCUGCAAGUGGAAAUCGAGUCUCUCCAUGCUGUGGAAAGGGGCCUUGAAAACUCCCUCCAGGCCAGUGAGCAGCAUUAUCAGAUGCAGCUGCAAGAUCUGGAGUCGGUGAUUGGCCGACUGGAGAAGGAGCUGCAGGAAGUGAGGCGUGGCAUCGAGAGGCAGCUUCAAGAGCACGAGAUGCUUCUCAACACGAAGAUGAGGCUGGAGCAGGAAAUAGCCACGUACCGCCGCCUGCUAGAACAGGAAGAGAUCAGGUAUUACGGUUGUAUCCAAGGAGAGAGAAAAGAAGACAAGCCCGCCAAAAGUAAAGUUGGCUUUCUUCUCCCCUCAGCCAUUAUAAAUGAAAUAUCUUUUUCGACGAAAGUCUCACAUAAGUAUGAAAAUGAAAGUGUGGAGACAGUGACCAAACAGGCAGUGGUGAACGGAGACGUGGCGAAGGAGAGCGCGGAGGCCCACGGCACCAUUCAGACAGAGAAAGUGGAUGAAGUUAUAAAAGAAUGGGAAGGUUCGUUCUUUAAGGAUAACCCUCGACUGAGGAAAAAGUCUGUUUCCCUCCGGUUCGAUCUCCACUUGGCAGCCACGGAUGAGGGCUGUUUAGAGAGUAGACAAGAUAAUUUGCCAGAUAUUGAAGUCAGGCUUAUCAUGAGAAGGUCCUGUAGUAUUCCCUCCAUCAAACCCCCACCAGGAACCAACUAACCCAGAGAUCGUAUUUAUCAAGGACGGUAGGAUGGACCUAAGUAGGCCAUACAGACCCCCCAGUCCCAAAUGUAAGUUAUUUUUUAUGUACAGAUAGUGAGAGGAUGCUGUGGGCUGUGGCUCUCUUCAGAAAACACAUAAGAAAGAGGAACUUUGCUAAGACUCCAAAGAUGAGCUUUUUUUUUUUUUUUUUUUUUUUUGAGCAGGGUUGCUUAAAAAUAAAUCAGAAAUCCAGUGUGGUUUCUGUUUUAUUUGUCAUCUAAAUAGUCUUUAUUCUGGCAAGCUUUAUCAGAGACUUUAAGUAUUAAGGUGGCCUCAUCAAGUCUGUAAUUUUCCUCAAAGGCUGAACAUCCAAAGGAAAAUAGAAUAGCUUGUUUGAAGCCUGAAGAGCUACAAUGAGUUUCUCUCCGUGGUUCCAGGACCAGUUGAACCUAAAAUGUUCAACUUCUAAGAAGGAAGGCAGCAGUUAGGGACAAACGUUGAAGGAGGGGGCUCGAUAUUCACUUAGGACUUCUGCUUUUGAGACAAUCAUUGGAACCCUGGGAAUUACGAAGUGUUCUGCCCAGGAGCAAUUCUGAGUGAAGUGCAAAGCACGCCCCCAGGCUAUUUUGCUGAUUAAUAAAAUUUGGUUACUCUA